AUGCAUCCUCCGUUAGCAGCACACAAGCACCAAGGCUGUCUCGAAGCCAUUCAAGCUCUUGAAGAAUGUCACCAAGCUGGCUUAUUCAAUCGUUUCUCUGGUGCCUGCAAUGACACUAAGGCCAAACUCGAUCAGUGCCUCAAGGAAGAAUUUCUUGUCCAACGUGCUGCCAACAAGGGAAAGGCUGCCGAGAAGCGUGCUAGAAUGAAGGAAAUCUGGAAGGAAAUGGAAGAACCACCAGCAGCUAUUCCCAAGAACGAACAACAAUAG